AGAAUACCCCAAAACCGAUCAUGCCAUAUCUAUGAAAGAGUCCCUUUGUGGCUAAGAAACGAGAACUUUGGAUAGGCCUUUCAUGGUGAUGGUUUUGGUGUCACCAUAUCGUUGAUUAUGAAACCUCAACUCUAACACCUAGUAGUAGGAGGACAAGGACAAAACCGGAACACAAGAUUAAAGGUUUUGUGUUUAUACCACCAAAAUCUCUCCCAACCCAACUGAAACUGAACCCAGAACCAUGGCACUGGCAUUGGCCCUUCGCAGGCUUUCCUCUUCUGUGGACAAGCCCAUUCGUCCUCUCUUCAAUGCCACCUCUCACUAUUACAUGUCAUCUUUGCCCAAUGAAGCUGUCUAUGAGAAGGAGAAGAACGGUGUCAGUUGGCCUAAGCAACUGAAUGCUCCAUUGGAGGCUGUGGAUCCUGAGAUUGCUGACAUCAUUGAGCACGAGAAAGCCAGGCAAUGGAAGGGCCUAGAACUGAUACCUUCAGAGAACUUCACAUCAGUCUCUGUGAUGCAAGCAGUUGGGUCAGUCAUGACCAACAAAUACAGUGAAGGGUAUCCUGGGGCAAGAUACUAUGGAGGAAAUGAGUUCAUUGACAUGGCAGAAACCUUGUGCCAGAAACGUGCUUUGGAAGCUUUUCGGUUGGACCCAGCAAAAUGGGGAGUCAACGUGCAGCCUUUGUCAGGAUCUCCAGCUAAUUUUCAUGUUUACACUGCAUUGUUAAAACCUCAUGAUAGAAUCAUGGCUCUUGAUCUUCCUCAUGGUGGUCAUCUUUCUCAUGGUUAUCAGACUGACACCAAAAAGAUAUCAGCUGUGUCAAUCUUUUUUGAGACAAUGCCAUACAGAUUGGAUGAGAGCACUGGUUACAUUGACUACGACCAGUUGGAGAAAAGUGCCACUCUCUUCAGGCCAAAAUUAAUAGUUGCUGGUGCUAGUGCUUAUGCACGUUUGUACGAUUAUGCACGCAUUCGCAAGGUAUGCGACAAACAAAAAGCUAUCCUGUUGGCAGAUAUGGCACAUAUCAGUGGGUUGGUGGCAGCUGGUGUCAUCCCAUCUCCUUUUGAGUAUGCAGAUGUAGUGACCACCACAACACACAAGUCACUUCGUGGCCCUCGUGGUGCCAUGAUUUUCUUCAGGAAGGGUCUAAAAGAGACUAACAAACAAGGGAAAGAGGUGUUUUAUGACUACGAAGACAAAAUCAAUCAAGCUGUCUUUCCUGGGCUUCAAGGUGGUCCACACAACCACACCAUCACUGGUUUGGCAGUUGCACUGAAACAGGCUACUACUCCAGAGUACAAAGCCUAUCAAGAGCAAGUUCUCAGUAAUUGCUCCAGAUUUGCACAGUCAUUGAAUGAGAAGGGCUAUGAACUUGUUUCUGGCGGAACUGAGAACCAUUUAGUUUUGGUGAAUUUGAAGAACAAGGGCAUUGACGGCUCCAGGGUUGAAAAGGUGUUGGAAGCUGUUCACAUUGCAGCCAACAAAAACACUGUUCCUGGAGAUGUGUCUGCCAUGGUUCCUGGUGGCAUCAGGAUGGGAACUCCGGCUCUGACAUCUAGGGGAUUUGUUGAGGAGGAUUUCGCUAAAGUUGCAGAUUUUUUUGAUGCUGCUGUGAAGUUGGCAGUGAAGGUCAAGGGGGAAGCCAAAGGAACGAAGUUGAAGGACUUCUUGGCAGCACUGCCUGCCCCUCACUUUCAGUCUGAAAUUGCAAAGCUCCGCCAUGAUGUCGAGGAGUAUGCCAAGCAAUUUCCUACAGUUGGAUUUGAGAAGGAAACGAUGAAGUACAAGAACUGAAAGAAAUCAUGUUGUGUUAGCUCUCUUCGACUAGCUGCUGAUGUAGUUAUGCGGUAUGUGGAACAGGCAUGGUGCAGGCAUCAUCAGAGUUUUCUUGAAUGAAGAAGGAGAAGGAUCAUGUCAAGAUGAAGCUCCAUCGAGCUAUAGUUUAUUAAAUUUCAGCAAAACCUGAUGAAUGUAUAUAAAUGUAUCAGUUUGAGGAUUUACAAUGCAAUAAACCUGCCUUAUUGAAAUGGAAAAAAGAAAAGGAAAAGUACUUUCACCA